GGCUCUUAUACCUCAACUGGCAGAGAGUGUGUUUGAUUCUGGACUGUUGACCGGCCCCAGAAUCAAACUGGGCUAAAAGAGAAACAGAUUUUAAAAAAGCGGGCAACAUGGCGGUGACAGGAUGCACGCAAUGCAUUAAAUAUAUGUUAUUCUUCUUUAAUUUUAUUUUCUGGCUGGCUGGAGGAGUGAUCUUAGGAGUGGCCCUGUGGCUCCGUCACGACAGUCAAACAAGCAACCUCCUCAUUCUUCAGUUUGAAGGCCAACAAGCACCAGGCACCUUCUAUAUCAGUGUUUACAUACUGAUAGCUGUAGGAGCUGUGAUGAUGCUGGUGGGCUUCCUCGGCUGUUACGGUGCCAUUCAGGAAUCUCAGUGUCUGUUGGGAACGUUCUUCUUCUUUUUGAUCAUCCUCUUUGCCUGUGAAGUGGCUGCAGCUAUCUGGGGUUUCAUGAACAGAGACACAAUCUCCAAAGAACUGAUCAACUUCUACGACUCGGCAUACAUCAAGGCUGUGGAUGUCUCGGGCUCUCCCAGUAAAGAUGCCGCCAUCAAGGUGCUGGAUGUUUUUCACACCACGCUCGACUGUUGUGGUAAAGGAGACGACACGGCGCUCUUCAAACAAGUCGCCAGCACAUUGUGUCCCAGAAAGUCUCCGGAAGAUUUUCUGAGGUCUCAGAGCUGUCACGACAAACUGAUCGAGCUCUUUUCGGAGAAGCUUUAUCUGAUUGGCCUGGCCGCGCUGGUGGUGGCCGUCAUCAUGAUCUUUGAGAUGAUCUUCACCAUGGUGCUCUGCUGCGGGAUCCAUAAUGCCCCAGCAUACUGAGCCCACAUAUUGAUGAGCACCGUGACUCUUUCAUGGUCUUACGUUGGUCUUUAUGCAGUAGCUCCUCUUUCUUAUUAUUAGAACACAGCAUGGUGGAUAUUUUUGCUUUUAUUUUAUUUUAUACUAAAACAUGCGAUUUGUUGUCAAUUUAUAAAGGAUAUUCUCUAUUUAUCUUAGGGCAUAACCAUCACUUCCUUGAUCUAUACAGUGUAUAUGCUGUAGAAUAGUUAUUUGAAUUCAUGCUGUUUUUAUGGAUGUAUAAAUUGUACAUAUGCACGUCUUGUGUUGAAAACCAGAGGCCAUGUUUGAUGUGUAAGUGACAUGUCUCCCUGCAGUGUUACACAAUUGGACCAGCAGGGUUUCAAUAGUCAUCUGUAGCCUUACUAUCGUGUUUUCAGUCAACUUUGUUCAAUAAACCAUCUUUAUGCUGUA